AUAUUGGCCAGGCAGUAAUCUGGCACUGAGUCUAACCAGACUGUCAUUUCCAGGUCAGCCUCUACAUUUCUGCUGACCAAAUUGCCUUCAUCAUGAGAUCAUGUCUUUCCAGAGAAAUCCCACUAAUGCCCUCAUUCUGUGAAGGUGGUAUAUAUAGAGGGAGGUUCUCUGUGUUAACAGCGUGCAGUCCAGCAAAGACAUCACUGUCCUCUAAGUGAUUGCACUGUCUUCUCUCCUACCAUUAAACUUCAAUAGAAGACAUGGACAUUACCAUUCAGCACCCCUGGUUCAAACGUGCUCUUGGACCCCUGAUUCCAAGCCGUUUGUUUGACCAGUUUUUCGGGGAGGGUCUUUUUGAUUAUGAACUCCUGCCUUUGUUGUCCUCCACCAUCAGCCCUUACUACAGGCACUCUCUCUUCCGCAGUGUUUUGGACUCAGGCAUUUCUGAGGUGAGAUCUGACCGGGACAAGUUUACAAUCAUGCUGGAUGUAAAACAUUUCUCGCCUGAAGAUUUAAGCGUGAAGAUUAUUGAUGACUUUGUUGAAGUCCAUGGCAAGCACAAUGAAAGACAGGAUGACCAUGGCUACAUCUCCCGCGAAUUCCACCGCAGGUACCGCCUGCCUUCCAGCGUGGACCAGUCUGCCGUCACCUGUGUCCUGUCUGCUGAUGGCAUGCUGACCUUCUCUGGUCCCAAGGUCCAGUCUAAUGUCGAUACCAUUCACAGUGACAGACCCAUUCCUGUAGCCCGUGAGGAGAAGCCCACCUCGGCUCCUUCUUCCUAAGCUCAACCUGCUACUGAAGCAUCCAGGCUGUCACAAUUCGCAGGCCUCAUUCACAGAGCCAUUGCAUAGCUAUCAGUGCAUUCUAGAAGGGUUUACUUUUUCUUUUCACUUUUUCCCCCUUGGAUGGAAUGAGAGGUUGGGUGAGCAGCUAGUGGUCUUUGAAGCUUAAACCUAAACAAACUGUGCUGUCAGGAUGACAUGAAACAAGGAUGCUGCCAAGCUGAUGUCUUUGCUGAAACAGUCAUACAUUGUGGUGUACAAGGUAACAUCGACCAGAUAUUGAGGAGUGCACAAGUAACACCAACACCUGAUAUACCGAUUUUUAAUGUUAGGCUCAAGCAGGAGAAAGCCCUGCAGCCUUGCUCUGUUCUAAGUGAGAAUUAAGCUAAUUGCCUUAAAAAGAGCCUGAGACACUGUGCACCUGAAAUGAAUGUACCAUAAAUUCCUUGAAGCAACAGGAGAACCACUGACAUGUCACAUGCAGCAGUGCAACAAUUUUUCAGUAAAGUUUUUAAGUGUAUCUGUUUAUGCCACUCGUGUCAUCUUCCCCCAGUGACAACUGAUGCAAGGAUAAGCACGCUGUUCCACUGUCUUUCUAGAUCCUUCAUGGGGUCCAUCGCUAUGCUGAGGCUUCAAAAUCCCACCAAGCUCUCCCCAGCCUCCAUCUCUCACACCAUUUUUCAUAAAUCUUGCUGUAACUCUAAUGUAGUCCCACCUGUUCUGCUGAUACCUGGCAUUCAAUACAAGCACUCAGUCAAUGGCAGUCAAUAAAGAAUAUAAAUAAGAA